AUGAAUCUCACGGCGCUUAGCGUUACAUCAGCCAGGCACAGGAGGCAGGUGGUGGAGGCAGAGGUUUUUGAAGCGAACCCAGAAUCCCUGGAUUCGACCAUCCAGAGCUGUCUCUCUGCUCUCUAUCCUCCGUUUGAAGCCACAGCUCCUACAGUCCUCAGCCAGCUCUUCCAGAUCAUUGAUGAGCUCUACCACGGAGACACCAGUCUGUGCCUGACGGAAUUCCUCACCCCAGCCAGGCGACUUCUGGAGAGCCUGCAGCAGGAAGCUUGUGCCUCGUAUUCUGACGUGGUCUUCCGCUAUGCCGGCUGGCCGCUGUGCCUGCAGGACCAUGUUGUAGUCCAUCUUGCUCCCAUCAGUCCUCUGCUGCUCUGCCCGGGAGACUUCUACCUGCAGGUGGCAGCUGUCGGGGAGCGGGCGGCUGGGAUCGUGGUCCGGAGUCUGCUGGACGAGGAGAGGCGUGAGCUGAAGGACACCCUGAUCUUGGAGACCUCGUUCUCCACUGUCUUUACUCAGGAGUGGCUGCAGAAGCUGAACGCGGGCGGGCAUGGCACUCCGCUCAGCCACUGCCUGCUGGCCACUGAGCAGGGUGUAGUUAAAGUGCCUUGGGAACAGGUGGCCAAACCAGAGUUCGUAGAUAAGCCACGACACAUGGCUUGUUCUGGUUCUUCAAAUCAGCAGGAGUCUUUGAGCAGAGGUUACGAUCAGGGUUCAUCUGCACCACCUGCCUAUUCGGUUGAGACCAGGAUCCGUCCAGCUAAGGAUGGUAUAGCAGUGUCUUUACGCUUGGUAGACAACUCCAAGUUCCAGGUCCAGAGUGAGAUGGAUCCUUCCAGGUCAGGAAGGAGGCAAAUGGGAUGGAUUUCUCCCAGCGCUUGGGAAAGUCGUAGUAAGAACUCAUUUGGGAAUGAUUACGUUAAUCUUAAGGAUGUUCCCAAAGGUUCCACAGGGUUCUCCAAGUUUUGGGAUCAACCUAGAACUCCUCUCUUACAAUGCAGAAAGGUUAGGAAUCCUGCACCAUCUGAUCCUGCGUUAUCUUCUCCUACUACGUCCGGUCCAACACUGUCUGCCCCUGCACCUCAAGAUCGCUCUACCUGUGUACGAACUGUGAGGUUUGCAGAGCAACCCUGCACACCUUGCAUGCGAAGGAAGCACGGACCAGGGACCAAGGUCCAAGAGUGUCGCUACAGAGAGUCUUACACCGAGGCACAGCAAAGUCCUGUCAGGCAACAGGAACCAGAAUUCUCCAAAGGAACAAUAAGGGUAAAGCCUAAAACCCAGAUCAACCGAUCUGCUCUGGAACAUUCUCAACCGCAUCCUCAAUCUCGAUCAACUGCACGAGACAACUCCAGUCCUGCUGAUAGAGUCCUUACUGAAAGCUCCCAGCACACUCCAGUGGACUUAGCAGAUGUACGUGAAGGAACCAUAACCUGUUUUGCUCCAACUGUGGUGGGAACUUCAGAGAAAUGUCACGUGAUUGUCCAAGGACAGCCCAGUGAGGGCAGCAGGGACAGUCAGCAAGAGAUGAUCCCAAGGCUACAUGUAGUUCAUGGGAAAAAGACCACCACCUUUGGAUUAGUUUCUCCGAAACUGAAUCGACGAAGACUACCAAAGCCAAAUGACCCUCAGGACCCUAAAACAGUGUCUCCUCUUGCUAAUGGGCUCCGGACCAAACCUCAUGCAUCUACAGGAGCACAGCAGCACACUGCUAAUGAAGAAACACCUGCAACUCAAUCACCUUUACCACCUUUACCAGCUACAUCUAAUGUAGAGACUGAUCUACUGAGGUCAGGAGUCGCCUGCCUUACAGGUGGCAGAGAUCGUUCCAGCAGGGCAGUGGUAGAGGUUUAUGGAGAUGAACAGGACUGGAAGUCUCUUUUGGUCUCCAGCCUGGAGCUUUCUCAGCUACUGCUCUAUUUUCACACCGUCACCAGGAAGGAGGUCCGAGAGCUUGGGCUGACAAUUGUGUAUGAUGCCCGUAAGACACCACCACACUCAAAAUUCACUGAAGCUCUGCAGCUGGUGGAGGAGCAAAAUCCAAAUGCUGUGCGUUGUGUACUGAUGCUGAUUAGUAAAGAAACAAGCAACAGUCUGGAGAAAUACUCAGGAGGGAUGGAGAUUGUACCAUCCCUCAAAGCCCUUCAUAAAUAUGUGGAGACCUGCCAGCUGACCCCUGCUCUGGAUGGCUCGCUUUCAUAUAGUCACAGAGACUGGCUGGACCUCCAUCAAGAACUGCACCCCUUUGUACUGGACCUAAAAGAAGCAACCCGUUUGCUUCUAGAGGCCAUUAAAAAGUUGGAGGGAGUCCAUAAAAUAGACAGUGUUGAGGACGUUCAGCAGUGCAUCAGUGAACAAAGAGCUCUGAUGAAGGAGGUGCUGGAAGACACCCGUUUGGUUAACCUGCAGAGGGAGGGCGGGGCCAUGCUGGCCAGGUUAAGAUGGGAGAGUGAUGUAAAAUCAGCGUAUUCUGAAGAGAGCCGAUUGGUCAUGGAUACAGUGGAGGACCUGUAUAACCAGGUGGAGGAACAGGUCCAUGUGCUAGCUAGAAGGUCCAACAUGUCGCUACAACACCUUCACUUCCUGCUACAGCUCAGGGAGAUGGAAUCAAGGUUUACCAAGAUAAAGGAGUGGUUUGAUGUGGAGGGAGAGAGACGGCUGCUGGAGGCUGAGGCUGUGGAGGCAUCCAGUGGGACAGUUCAAGAGACUCUUCAGAGCUUUACCACAUUCCUCUCUGAAGCCAACGAACAAAGGCUUCAGGCAAUGACGUUAGUAACAGAAGCAGAAAGCAUUCAGGGGCCAAACUACCCUGAGACAGUAGUGUUCCACACAAUGGUAUCUGCCUUCAAAUCCAGUUUAUCAGACUUUCUGUCUCGAGCAGAGCAGUGCUGUGGUGAAUUGGAGGCUAUGGUGAAUUUAUGCCACUUCUGUGAGAAGGCAACUGAAGUGGCGAAGGAUUGCUCACAACAUUUGGAACAAGAAAGACUGCAGUGCAUGACACUUCAAGAGAAGCAGAUGACUCUUCAGAGAUGCCACGAGGUAAUGAGUGAGUUCUCUCCUGAAUGCUUUCAGGAGGCAAAGGCCCAAGCUUGCUCUCUGAAGAUGUCCCAGGCAGUGCAAGUUUGGAACGUGGCUUGGGUAACGUGUCAGGAGGUCAGUCGGCAACUGGAGGAGUGCCUGCAGGAUCUGGAGCAAGCUCAGUAUCCCUCGGUUCCUGUGCCUUCACCUUAUGGAUGGUAUGGUAGUGGAGUAGAUGCAAGCCAUUCGGAGGUUUCAACCGAUGUAACUUCAGAUCCUCCACAUGGAAUCCUGCGCAGGAGACCGCACGACAGUUCUGAGGUCCAGCUCUGCCAAGAACGUGACCGAGACAGCAUCUACGGCACUGUGUCCUGCUUCAACAUCAACUUCAAGCAAUCCCGCAAAGGUCGUAAAGGGUCCAGGGAAACUGCAGCCUCAGACCAUGAUCCUGCCGACUACGCCAAAAACGCCCCUAGAAAGACAUCCCAAGACCACAGGCAGAAAUCCAUUGAAGGCUCAGGCACGGUUGGUUGCCAGUGGUUCCCCUGGCAGAACAACUCCAAGAGGAACAUUGCUGAGUACUCCAGUUCUCCAAAAUCUCAUACUCUCAUACCAUCCACCUGUGUUGAACCUAAUACCCCAAAACUUGGUUCUGAAUCUCAAUUACCAGAUGUUACAUAUCACGGAAACCAAACCACAGACUACCCAGUAGUGCCCUCCUGCUCCCAGACCCUACCCACCUUCCAGACUCUGGAGAUAUCUCAGGAUUAUCAACGUCCUACCCAGCGUCCUUACCCUGGCCACUUCAUCUCAGAGAGAUCAUACAUUGAACCAGCGCCCCAUGGACGUACCUUCCACUCUGAGGAGGCUUUCACCUGGCGAAAUGAUGGCACAAAUUCUUUGAAUGGUUCUGGCACUGCAAGCAACACUAUAAAGCUGCAGCGUAUCAUGGAGGAGUUGUUGUUGACGGAGCUGGAAUACGUACGCUCUCUGGGUUACAUUCUGACUCACUACGUCCCCCUGCUGACCAGACCAGACGUUCCUCCAGACCUGAGAGGCCAGAGAGGACGAAUCUUCGGAAACCUGGAGAAACUGCACGACUUCCACUGCCGCUACUUUCUGCAGGAGCUGGAGUCAUGCCGGGGGGAGCCGCUGAGGGUGGGCCGCUGCUUCCUCAGACAUAGAGAGAAUUUUGGGUUAUAUGCGCUCUACAGCAAGAACAAGCCCCAGUCAGAUGCUCUGGUCCAACAGCAUAAAUUCUUCAAGCGUAAGCAGCUGGAGCUGAGGGACAGUAUGGAUCUGUCCUCCUACCUGCUGAAGCCGGUUCAGAGGAUCAGUAAGUACAGUCUGCUGCUGCAGGAGAUGGUGGGGGAGUGUGGACCAGGACAGGACUCAGAGCGUCAGGAGAUACAGGCCGCUGCCGAGGUCAUCCGCUUUCAGCUACGCCACGGCAAUGACCUGCUCACCAUGGACGCCAUCCGCAACUGUGACGUGAACUUGAAGGAGCAAGGCCAGUUAAUUCGUCAGGAUGAGUUUUAUGUGAUUUUCCGUAAGAAAAGAGCUUUGCGCAGAGUGUUCCUGUUCCAGGACCUUAUCCUCUUCACUAAGAUGAAGAAAACUCUUCGUGGAGAUGAGGUUUACGUCUACAAACAGUCUUUCAAGACGUGUGAUGUAGGACUGACGCAGAGCUGUGGGCAGAGCGGCCUGUGCUUUGAGAUUUGGUUCAGGAGGAGGAGAGCCCAGGACACCUACGUACUUCAGGCCGAGAGGCAGGACAUCAAACAGGCCUGGACUGAAGACCUGGAGCAGAUCCUGUGGGAACAGGCCCUGAAGAACAGAGAGUUGCGGAGACAGGAGCGCGUGUUCAUGGGAGUGGCUAGCAAAGCUUUCAUGGACAUCCAGCCCAGCGAGGGAGCGAUUCAGGACAGAGCCAUCACCGGCUUUCUGCCAGGAAGAGAAAUCGAAGGAUUGGUGAAAACACCAAAUCUACUGGUGUCCAGCCUUCAUAAAAACACUGCACUGCCAAGGCCUGAGUCGAUAGUCUCCGGCAGCAGCGCCUCAACCUCAGGCAGCCAAUCGUCUUCCUCCUCUGGCCGAGGAUCACUCUCCCCCAGCGCGUUCCACGGAAACCAUGUUCACGGCAGCAGCCACGGUUUAUUCUUACCUUCAGAAGCCCUGAGAGAAGAUGAUCAUCAGAGCCACCUGACUGUCAGUACUGAAUAUUCAGGAGAGUGUUCUGGAGUGUGCAGCAACCGGGGUGCGUUCUUCACUGCCCCAGACUCUGCUGCUACCCAGCCAGCACCACCCAUGACCCACCUGCACUGCAGAACACCUGCCCUGCCCAGAAAAACCCUUCAGUACUGACUAACCACCAGCCAUUCCCUCAUAACUCAACCCCACAAAGGUGAACUUCUGCUUUACAGCCAUAUGACUCCAGAGAUGAGAUGAUAAAGCCGUUCACACGAGAACUGACACAACCAACAACAGCGUGCAGGAAAGAGAUAAGACUGAUUCAGCUAACUCAUCUUCAAACUCAGUGACUCAUAAUUGCAGAGCAGCUCUAGAGAAUCUGCAGUGCCACUGAGAACCUGGCUGGGAAAUGGGGAAAUGUUCAUAUUUCGUUAAAUAUAUUAAUAUAUGUGAAAAUAUAUUUAUUUCUGAAGUUUUUCCUUAAAGGUGAAUAUUAAAGGUGAAGUAUUUUCUGUGCCUUGGUUUUCAAGAAAAAAUGAUUAAGUAUAUGCAAUUAUGUUUUUUUUUUAUUUUUAUGUUUUAUUGAUGUUUUUUAAUGUUACAUGUUUAAUGAUUGAUGUUAUACGUGACUCUGUAUACAGUAUUAUUAAUGCAUGCCUAAAGCAUUGCAUGGACUGAGUUAAUGCAGUAUUAUUAUUUAAGAUGUUCAGACUAAUAAUAAUAGUUAUAAUAAAAAUGUGAAAGUGAAAAUAAAAAAUGCAACUGUGAAAA